AUGAAUGAUAUAGAUAAAGUACGUUAUAAGGAAGCUUUUUUAUUAAUGGAUGAAAAAAAUUCAGGUAUAAUAACAAUUGAUGAUAUUCAUUUUCUUAUACGAGCACUUGGUUUUACACCAACAAAAAAUGAUCUUGAAAAUAUUGAUACGGAAUUUAAUAACAAUAAAAAUAUUGAUUAUUUAUGGUUUAUUGAUAUAAUGUCAACAAUUUCAUGUACAAAAUACUCAUAUGAGCAAAUAGAAAAAGCUUUUUUUUCUUUUGAUAAAAAUCGUUAUGAAACAUUUAAAACAGCAUUGAUGACAAUGGGAGAAUCAUUAUCAGAAAAUGAAAUGAAUGAAAUGAUGAAAGAUUUACCUAUUGAUGAAGAUGGGUAA